UGGCCGACGGAGUUUGAACGCAUGCAGGUUCCUGAUGUGCUUCAAGAGUUCGAACGAAUCCAGUGGUUGAUGCCCUUGGGCUGCUUGCACUGUCUUUGGAUAAUCUGUGAAGAGAAAACGCAUGCCCAGGGGGAAGGCUCCAGCGUGCAAUCCAAAGUACUAGCAUUUUCAAGUCAUCCUCGACUUCUCCUCAGAGGAAACUAUAGUCAGCCAACCUGCCUGCUACCGCAGUUUUGCUGCAUCUUGUCGCAGAAGGGGAGGGAUGAUCAUUUCUUGUGCUCCUUGGUUCACCGGGUCAAGCACAUCAUGUCUUGUGCCGUAUUGGCCUUAGGAGAGCGUCAAACAGUGGAUGUCUAGGACCUUGGGUCUUGGUGUACGUUGACCGACUUGAUGACAAGUUCCGACUCACCUUUUUGACAGUGGUUACUAUCUAGUACUAGAGAUAGACCUAAUCCCCACCUGUGCGGUUUGGGAUGGGCUUGAGGCAUCGGGCUGUGUAGCAAGGUAAAGUCUGAAAAACGAGACCUGAGGAUGUGAGGCAUAUCUUGGCUAGCGAGUGGUCUAUCAAUAAGGGAUGGAGGUGGAAAUUGUAGACGAUUAAGAUGAUGCAUUAGAUAUAAGCCAGCACGGCAAAUAAUUACCAUGUCUAGGUGAGAAGACGCAGCACAUCUGUGGUGUUCAUGAGCUGGAGCAAGAGAUGAAGGUGCUGUACUCAACUCACUGAGGAAAAUAAUCAAUCCUUCCAGCUCACAGGGAGAAAGAUAGACGAACAGUAACCUGGUAACCACGAUGUGUUUGGAAACAACGGCCGUAUGCAUGGGUGUGUGCUGUUGCCUGGGCUGUAGUAAUUGCUGCACCCAUGGGUCUUCGGAGAGCAACAAUUGGGAAGAUGCCCACCCAGAUGAUGUCCUGGAGAUUCAUCGUGCAUGCACAAUGGUCCAAGGGGCAUAUGGAUGCAACAAAGAGGAUGUUGCCAGGAUCAUGAGCGAACAUUUCCCAGAUUUCCAGGCGUCCAAUGUUGUUGGCUUUGUGAAUGAUUCGAUUCUCUGCACACCGCACUACAUCUACCUCGAUCACAAACGGAAGGAGGUUGGGAUUUUUAUGAGAGGCCUUAAUUUGGCAGUCAAGGAGAACUACUGGGUUCUUUUUGACGUGCGCCACAAGAAGGAGUUCACUGAUGAGAAUGGGAUCACAGGCUACGUUCAUCCGGGAAUGUUUGGUGCAGCAGACUGGUGUUUCAAUCGGCAUCGGACUAUGCUCAGCGAUUUGUUCUCUGAGUACCCAGAUUACAAUUUGACACUUGUUGGGCAUUCCCUGGGAGCAGGAAUUGUGUCAUGCCUGACACUUUUGAUGAUCAGGCACCGAAAAGAGAUGGGAAUCAACAAUGCAUCACAAAUCAAGGGAUAUGCUGUGGCACCACCACGUGUAGUGUCGCUAAAUCUUGCCGUGCAAUAUGCUGACAAUAUCUGGAGUGUUAUAUACCAGAAAGAGAUGACAGACAACUUGCAAGACAAACUCGACUGCAGCGAGUACCAAGACGAGCGGGCGGCGAAGAUGAAGGAAGUGGAGGAGGAGAUGAAUAAGAAGGAGAAGGCUGUUGAAGAAGAAGCGGCAGCAGAAGAGGAAAAAGAAAGGAUGAGGAUUGAAAGCAGAGAAGGGAGCAGUGGCACGAAGAAGGGCACGGACGCUGAGAUUGAGAAGAAGAUCAGCAAGUGGGUUGCUAACUUAUCGUUGGGGGAAGAUGAAGAGGCGGAGUCAUAUGUGACUGAGGAUGAGAAGGCCGCACUGGCCGCUGAGCUAGCAACCAUGACGGACCCGAUGGAACGAAGAGAGAGGGACGACGAGCAGAAGUUACAGUGGAAGUUGAGGAUGAAGAGGGAGAAGAGGAGGAUAGAAGAGGUGAACAAGAUGACCGCAGCAGUGGCAAAGGUGCAAGAGUGUAGAGCGGAGGUAUUGGCCCAGCCAGAUGAUAAGGCCAAGUGGGACAAGGUACUGGGGUACCUAGAGGUAUUAAGCAAGGUCUGGAUGGAGGAGCGUCAGGGAAGUUGGAGCCAGGAUGUAGCCUCGAGCGCCAUGCGGUCCGGAUUUAGGGAGUUUGCGCGCGAAAUCGUCACCCACAUUGGGGGCGAAGUGAAACAGUUGAGAGACAACAUAGGCAAGUACUGCGAAGGCGCCAUUGAGGGUGCCAAAGCCAUAGCUGCUGCAGAGGGCGAGGGUAGGCCCCGUAAGGAGCCUGUAAAGCUCAAGUUCCCAGACGCGUACGGGGGAAAGAAGGAGGAGAACUUUGACAACUGGGAGACCAGUGUUAACAGUUAUAUUUACUUGCAGCAUAUCCUAACAGAGGAGCAAGUCCUCGUGGCCUUUCAGGCCCUCAAAGAUGACGCGGCUAGUUUCGCUAGGUCUCGUGCGCGUACAGCCGGUUGUGAAAACAACCUGGUUGCAUAUUCCAAAGUCACCCCUCUUUCCCAAUUCCUCAAGCUCCUCAAGGAGCGUUUCGCUGACCCAACGCGAGGCAUAAGAGAAUCUGACAAGCUCCAAACGAUCCACUCACGGCAGUGGAGGAGUGCCAAGGCACUCAAGGGUACCAUGGACGACUUGGUAGCCGUCCCGGACCAUGGGGUCACUGAGCCCCAGUUGGUCCAGUUGUUUUAUCGUGCCAUUCCAGAGGCCCUACACGGGCAUUUCUUUGACAAAUCUCAGCAGGCCGUCAUCACUUACGAUGCAUUGAGUAGAGAAGUCGUCCUGUAUGAGUCGAAGUCUAUGCCAGUUACCACUUUCUGGCAUAAGGACCUGGAGAAGGGGAAGAAGUGGAAGGAUCGUACCAUCUCGGGCCAAGUCAAGGCCAAGGAUCACUUGAUCCUGACAUUAGAGGAGGGUGGUACAGAAGAGGUCCCAUGUGAUCAGAUUGAGUGGGGCCUAGGGGAGGAGUACAGUAGUGUAGGGCAAGGGAGGUCUUACGCUGCUGUCGCGGUCGGAGGGAGGCCGCAAGGUAGAGGAGGAGGCGAGGGCCAAAGGGGUCAGGCCAUGGGAGGCCGAGGACCGGGCGCACAGGGGGUUGGCGGACAGGGAAACCGCCAAGCGGGAGGUAGGGGUCAAGGUCCCCCGUUAAAUCGCCAGGGUAAUCGGUCCCCGCAGCGAGGAGGUGGAAGGGCACCUCAAGGCUUGCCGCAGGGCAGGCUCUGGGAAGACUUGGGCUUGGACCAGCGAUUAUGCCAGGAAUGCGUGAACCUGGGUCAGAACGUCGACCCUCUCCCACGCAUCGAUGAUCUUCUCGAGCGAUUGGGCGGCGCCCAAUUUUUCUCGAAGCUGGAUCUCAAGUCAGGAUACCACCAACUCGAGAUUCGCAAGGAGGACCGUUACAAGACCGCAUUCAAGACACAGUAUGGGCAUUUCGAAUGGUUGGUUAUGCCAAUUGGCCUUACGAAUGCCCCGACCACUUUCCAAGCAGCUAUGACAACAAAGUUCAGACACAUGCUGGAUCGAUACGUACUUAUCUAUCUAGACGACAUCCUGGUGUACAGCCGGAGUUUGGAGGAGCAUGUGGAACACCUGCGCACGGUUUUGGAGCGGCUACGACAGGCCAAGUACAAAGCCAACCGCGACAAGUGUGAAUUCGCGCGGCAGGAGCUGGAGUACUUGGACCAUUAUGUGACGCCGCAAGGCAUCCGUCCGCUCGCGGACAAGAUCGAGGCCCUACGAUUAUGGCCCGAGCCCACCAACACCACGGACGUUCGUUCAUUCAUGGGAUUGGCGGGCUACUAUCAGCGAGUCAUCAUCGGAUACUCCAGGAUUGCUGCACCUAUGACGAGGUUACAGUCGCCAAAGGUGCCAUUCGUAUUCCAUGACGACGCACGCCGGUCAUUCCAAGCACUUAAGACGGCCAUGCUCAUGGCACCCGUCCUCAUCUUGGAACAGCACGACGGCGACGACUGGUACCCUGUGGAGUAUUUCAGCCACAAAGUGCCUCCCAUCAACUCGCUUGAUGAUGCAAGGAAGAAGGAGCUACUCGCGUUCGUCAUGGCUCUCAAGCGAUGGCGGCACUUCCUCCUUGGGCGUCGUAGGUUCACAUCGGUUACGGACAACAAUUCAUUGACCUACUACAAGACGCAGGAUACGGUGAGCAGCACGAUCGGACGAUGGAUGUACUUCAUCGACCAGUUUGACUUCACACCGAAACAUCUACCCAACCUCUCAAAUCGCGCAGCAGAUGCACUCUCGCGAAGACUAGAUCUUUGCGCUAUGACACAUCAUGCCUUCGCAUUUGACGAGGAGCUUCAGCGACACUUCAUCCGGGCAUAUGAGUCUGAUCCGGACUUCGGCACUCUCUAUGCACAACUAUCUUCGGAUCACCCGCCGGCCAGCCAUUACCGCAUUGCCGACGGGUACUUGCUCCUCCACUCGAGAGGCAAGGACUUACUAUGUGUCCCACGCGACCGUCGUCUUCGGACUCGCCUCCUCGGCGAGUAUCAUGAUUCACGACUCGCGGGCCAUUUCGGAGUCAACCGCACUAUUGCACGGCUUCGACAGCAAUUCCGAUGGCCCGACCUCAUUACCGAUGUCACUCGGUAUUGCGACUCUUGCGAAGUUUACCGACGCAGCAAGCCCCACAACCGCAAUCCCUACGGCAAGUACCACCCGAUGCCUAUCCCACGGGAACCCGGUCUCGCCAUUGCCAUGGACGUUACCGGUCCGUUUCCUCGCGACCGGCUCGGGCACGACGGCAUCCUCACGGUUGUGGACCGACUGAGUACCACGAAGAUGGAGCUGGAGCGAUGGCGCCACAGGACAUCUGCUAAUGUUGUUAAGCAAGUCCUUGCGGCAACCUGCUGUUGCUUCGCAGGGGUCAUUCUGGCGUAUUAUGCCUUUGCCAAGGCCAUGCAUCGGCCAUUUCAAGAUGCUGAGAAAGCGUUUAAGAACCCGAAAAGGCUUUAUCCCCCUGGGCGGUUAUUUCAUGCCACCUACAAAGAGCCAUGCGGAUGUGGUGAAAGGCCAUUGCAGGUCAAGACUGCAGUGCCAGUGAAGGGACGGUUUGAGGAAAUCGUUGUGACCCCAUCGUCCUUGAUUCGAGAUCAUCACAUUGUUCCCUUCACCAAACAUCUCCAGCUAUGCUGUAUGGGUGAGGUAAAGCGGGCCCCUGUUCAGCAGCGAAUGAUGAAGACCGCGCAGCCGCAAAAUAUGUCGUAGAAGCGUUGGUCGGCAAGACCUGGCGUACAUGAGAAGCACAAAUCUGCGGCGUCAGAAAAGGAGAGGGAAAAAACAUACAGACUUUGUUAUACAGGUGAGGUCAAAUCAUUGUCAAGAAGAGUAGACUAAGUUACGAUGAUCUGUUUAAAAUUUAAAUGGCACUCAAUUAUCGGAAGAGUCGGGCGGACGAUCCACUCACAGAUUUUUCCACGUUCCCAGCGAAGGCAGACUGCUUGCAAUCAGUGGAAGGCAACAGCAUGCUCGGUUUCGUGGGAACUAUUGUACACUCACCGGGUAAAGAAAAAGACAUGAAAUAUGUACAGAGUCGCUUUCUGAGGGUUAAGAAGGCUGUGAGAAAUGUGUACAGAGUUGCUUUCUGAGGGGUAGGAAGGUUAUGGGAAUAUGUAUAGAGAAGGAAAGUUGAUGGAACCACCUGAAGCGAAGGAAGGGGGAUGCCAGAAGGGGUAGUAGGUGGGAAAGGCCAGGGCAGGAGACAGAGGCAGAUGGGGAAAGGGAGGGAGGGGAGGAGGAGGGGGCUGGGGGGAAAUGACACUCGCGAGGGUGUGGACAACAAAACAGAGGUGCCUGCCAGCUAAAUUCAGAGGAAAUGGCUUUCACGAAAUUCACGGCAGUUCACUGCAAGUGCGACCGAACAAAGAGGAAGGCCCCGCUGGACACCGGAAGAUUUCAAUUUCCUUUUAAGUGGGAAAAAGUUGAAAACCGAAAGGGGAGAGAGAAGCCCAUCCAACGCACAAGAUGGCAUUAAAUUUGCAGACUGCGCUUGGAGCUAGCCUUUGUUCUGCACUUGCGAUCGAUGUCGCUGCGGUGGAUGCCAGCAGCUUCUUCGUCUUGCAUAUGUCCAUUCUGCCUACCUUUGUACUGUUUUCAGCGUGACGGUGGGUCCACUGAAUUGCACUGUGUCUACCUUCGUCUCGGUUCCUGUUUAUCGUGCAGCCGACGUGCACCUUGUACCAGAAGACAUAUGAUUGUUGACAUCUGUCAUCUGUUUGCCGAACCGCCAGCGGCGCACUUUCUUUCCUUUUUGGUUGGCGCCACCAGCCAUUGUGGUCCGGUAGGCCGAGCCUCCGAAAAUUUUGUGGGUGGCGAGUUGCAUUUUCAGCAAGGCUGGGGCAGUGUACUGGCGGUUUAAGGUACUCCUUAGGCUAGUUAGAGAACUUAAAGAGGGUUUUAAAAUUCAUAAUUCUGGUAUAGCAACUCUUAGCAAGUUUAUUUAUAGACUUCUAGCCUUCUAGGUAGUCAGUUUUGGUGUUUUCCAUUUUCCAUUGUUAAGUUUUUUUACAGAGUCUCACCUUCAUCACUUUUUUUUUCAUAGGAAAAGCUUACUAAUAGAGUUCUUCUUCUUUUAUUUUUUUUUCCCUCCUUUCUUUUCUCUUCUUUCUUCAAAAAGGGCGAUGACCUUGAGAUAUUUUCGUUCAUCGUCGGACUGGCCCUAGGUCAUUCAGAAUGAUUUACUCCAUUCAUCAAGGUCCAGCAGGAUUUGAACUCAAGUCUGUGUUUCAGCAGUUCAUGGGCGUACCAACUGAGCUCGGCUCGCUGGUUUAUUAAUAGAGUUUUAUUUAGACUUUAACUUUUAGUUGGUCAGUUUUGAUAGUUAAGUUUAUUUAUAGACCAUGCAAGUAAGUUUAUAUAUAGACCAUGCAAGUAAGUUUAUUUAUAGACCAUGCAAGUAAGUUUGUCUGUAGACCAUGCAAGUAAGUUUGUUUAUAGACCAUGCAAGUAAGUUUAUUUAUAGACCAUGCAGGUAAAUUUAUUUAUAAGUUUAUUUAUAG